UGCUGCGUUCAAUUUAGCUACUUAUUAUUAGCUUUUAAUAAUGGAUGAAAUUUUUUGCCAACUUAGCAAGGUAACUUGAUGUAAUAAUUAAGAAUUGAAUAUGUGCAUGGAAAAUUAGUUGAAUGUGAUGCUCUAUAUAUAUAUAUGUAUGCAAGCGAUGUAAAUUGUUAUGUCUUCUAUUCAAUAAUAUUCAUCACAGAACAAUGUGUAUAGCUCUGUUUCUUUGGCAAGCACAUCCACUGUACCCAUUUUUUCUUUUGAGCAACAGAGAUGAGUACCAUAAUAGGCCUACGAAGGCAGUGUCAUGGUGGGAAGAUUGUGAUGAUAUUGUUGGAGGAAGAGACGAGAUAGCAAUGGGGACAUGGUUGGCUUCUUCAAGAGAAGGAAGAGUAGCUUUUCUUACCAAUGUUUUGGAACUCCAUACCCUCCCUGAAGCCAAAAGUAGAGGAGAGUUACCCCUCCUAUUUCUAAAGAGUGGAAAGCAUCCACAAGAAUUUGCAGAAAGCCUGAAAAGAGAGGCCCACUAUUACAAUGGGUUCAACUUGAUUGUGGCUGAUAUUAGCACCAAAUCAAUGAUGUACAUCUCAAAUAGGCCCAAAGGACAGCCCAUAACCAUUCAAGAAGUUCCUUCAGGCCUCCAUGUUCUCUCAAACGACAAAUUAGACUCACCAUGGCAUAAGGCUAAGCGGCUUGAAUCGAAUUUCAAAAAAGAAAUAGCUAAAUAUGGUAAAGAAGAAAUACCUGCAAAGGAGGUAAUUGAAAAUGUGAUGAAGGACAGAGUGAAAGCAGAGAAAAGUGUACUACCUCACAUAUGCUCUCUUGAGUGGGAAUACAAUCUUAGCUCCAUCUUUGUUGAAGUAGAUACUCCACUGGGUUUAUAUGGUACUAGGAGUAGCGCUGCCUUAAGCAUCAGAUCAAGUGGGGAAGUGAGUUUUUAUGAGCUUUAUCUCGAUGACAACAAGUGGAAGGAGCAUGUUAUUGAUUUCUAUAUCCCUCAAAAGACCAUGUGUCCAAGGCAAUUCAUUAAAUCAUAGAUCAUUUCUUAUUUUUAAGUUCUAGCUUUCUAAUUGCAAAAUGUGUUUGUCCAUUCUUGUAUGUGGAGGUAUCAAUAUUAGUUGAUCUUUUUUCUUUCAUAUCUAUUUAGCUGCAUGCUUCAACGAGCAUAAAUUCUUGUGUGUAAUUGUAUGAAUAUUAAAUAAUGAAAACUAGCAUUUUAUGUAUGUAAUCAAUC